AUGGAUGAUUCCGGUGACAUUCUACUUCCGCCAUCCGCAUUUUGCGUGACAGAUGUCACCUCAUCGAAUACAGAUCGUUCUUCUCCGGAUAUUUACAAGAAAAUGUCGUUCGGGAAGCACUCAGAUGAUCUAUUGUCUUCCGGAAAGAUGCCCCCUUGGAGAACGAAUGAUCCCGAUCAAUCCCAAUCGCACCAAGUGCCUGUAUUGCUCUCUCGCUUGUCGAUGACGGAAACUCAGCUGCGUGAUGUGGAAAAUCAGCUGCGGGCUAUUCGAGAAGAGAAUUCCCAACUGAAACACACCCGUGACGAGGCGCGUCUACAGCUACAACAUCUGCGGAAAUACUACCAAGAACAGAUCGAUAACAAUCCCGAACCGAGUGAGCCGCACAAAUCUGCUAAACAGCUCCAAUCGACAACAAUCCUGCACUCUGAAAACGAUGAACUUGUGCAUCAGUCGAUCGAGGCCCCCCGAGUUUGGACACUAGCCAUGGCCGAGGCGAUCGCCACUCGCUGUGCCCCAAAACAACUGGUUCAAGCGCUUCAACGGCCCUGGCCCAGUGUGAAAACCAAAACAGAAUAA